GGAUUUUGGUGGCUUGAGGAGGAUCCCGUUGAUGGCAAGAUGUCAAAAUCAAAAAGCAACAAGAAUUUGAAUCCUGGUAAACACAGCAAGAGAGUCAGUAAUAUGAAAGAAACAAGGAAUGAAAGUGUUCAUUUCUUUACCAAGGCGUCAGAAUUAAAGCCAUUCAAACCCAUUAGAGAUACCUCAAGGGAAUCGCGCAGGCAUAAAGACAAUUUACUUGCUGGUCAUAAAAGUGGCAGUAGUAGACAGAAACUAGAUCAGUGGUUAAAUAAGUGUUCCACAUCAAAAUCAAUAGUACAUAAAGACAGUCGUGAGAAGAAGAGGUCUGGGGAAGGCUCGUCAGGUGGUAACCUUGGUAACAUAUCUCCUGGGGAUUCUGCUGGUGUUAAGGACGUGGCUAAUGUAGUUGUUAAGUAUCUGUUUCCGUAUCUAAAGCAGGGCUCUAUUGUCUCUAAGGUAAGA